AUCCCAUUCUGUACAACUCCCCAGAUCCUCUCCAAUCAUCCCUUCGACCAACAGGUUUUCUGCCUCGGGAGGACAUGACGUAAAAUGCCUGAGAGAAAUUGCCCCUGUGCAUGCAAACAUGAAUCUGUAGCCCGAAUUUGUUCCCUGUCUCAGAUCUGGUUUCGAUCCAAAAAAUAAGGGGCUCGUGGCUCCGGAAUGGCAGCCAUGGUGGGUCCAUCUACCCCAAUGGGGUGCGUGCAUCCCUCUUCCUCCUCCUGCGAUCCGUUGGACGAAGCACAGCUGUCCAAACCACGAAUCUCCUCUCCCAUGCAGACACAGCCCUUUCCGCCUCUCUCGCUCACGGACCGCAUUCCCAAGCUGCCCGCGCCAACCAACCCCGCAGCAGCGCAGAACUCCCCUGCAGCCGUACCUCCUCUUCCCCCUUCCCUUCACCAGAGCCUGUGCCAGAAGGUGCUUCAAGCGCGAGAUGCGCACAGCAACAUGCCCUCCGCCUCUCCCCCCAUGUCCCCCGCCCUGAAACCGCUCUUCCUCUCCCCCAUGUCUCCGCACACGCCUCCGCUCCCGCCCUUCGCCUCCGCAAGUCCUGGUGGCACGCCGUCGCUGCAUCCGGCGACCCGAACGCUGCAGGCUAGCCGAGGGGCGCCAGGCGGCACGACGCCGCGACAGACGCCAGGCGCGGAGGAGCGCAGCCAUGGGCGCGGCGCGAAAGCCGGCAUGUACCAUCCGGAGCAAGAGAACCUCUGCCGGUCGCCGUCUUGGCCAAGUCACAAGCGCAAGCGGCCCGAGGUGCAGCAGGACUGGUCGCCGGGCAUCCCAUGCAGCAGCACGCUCCGCAUGACCGCCGGGUGCCCGUCCCCGCACCGCCUGAGCAACUGCAAUAGCCCCGUCCUGGGCCCGCAUGCGUUCGCGCGGCCGUUCGCGAGCGGUGGAUUCGCGGGGGAGAGCAGCGCUGGCAGCGGCGGUGGCGAUGGGAGGACCCCGUCGAAGAGCCCGCGGCUGACGCCCCAGCACAUGGAUCCGAAAGCGUCUCAACAACCCUCCCAUUCUGGAGGCGACGUCGCUGCUGCUGCCGCGGCGGGAUUCAGAAACAGCCCUGCAGUACCGCCCAACCAGCAGCCGCAGCAAUACCACCACCACCAACAGCAGCAGCAGCAGCAGCAGCAGCUGAGCAUGUCGCCUGCAUCUGCGGCGCGUCUUAGCAGAAGCUACUCGCAGCCUUCCUUGGGCCACCAGUCGCACGGGCAGCCAUCACAGUCACACCAGCACCGCUCGGGCAGUCGCACGCCCCAGCUCCUCAGCCCCUUCUCCCGCCCGCAGCCCCACCCGCACCCGUACGGCCCGGUGUCAGCUCCUCUCGAGCAGCAGCAGCAGCAGCAGCAGCAGCAGCCGUGUCCGUCCAACGUAUCACUCCCGGCUUCUAGCGGCGCUCUUCCGCAAUCCGCGCCGUGCCGUCCGCCGUCGCCAGCGCUGAUGGCAGCAGCAAGGGCAUGCCCGCCAUGCCCCUCCCCGCUCGUUUUCCCACAGCAGGCCCCGCACACUCCCCGCCUGCAACCCGCGCAAACGCCCUCCGUCCCCUCCAGCCCCGCGCCGGUCGUUUCCCCCAGCCUCUCCGCCAAGUCCGCGCUCGUGCCCAUCGCUCCGCGGAAGAUUCUCCCCGCGGCCCCCGCGCCCCACCCAAGCGGCAUUCCGCCGGUGGGGCAGAGAGGCGCGAAGAUUCUCGGGCUCAUGGGGCUCAACCUCUCCCCCGGCGCGCUCCCCGGGCUGAUGGCGCAUCCCCCGCAACUGGGGUCCAUCGGGAUGCACGUGGGCGGGGUGAUUGGCGCGGGGAUGAGCAUGGGUCCGCCGGGCUCGUUCGUGGCGUCGUCCCCGUCCGCGCUCUCCCGGUCGCAGAGCAUGACAACCAGCAGGGUGCCCGUUCUCCCCGGCCCCUCCGCCACUGCCGCCGCUAUCGCGCGCGCGCGAGCGUCGAUGCCGAGGAGCCUCAGCGCGCCACGUGUCCUCGCAGUGAACGGCGUUCCCGGGACCCUGACCCCUACUAUUGCUGGCUUGUCCGUUGCCGGUGGUGGUAGUGGCGUUGGUGGCGGCAACACCUCAGGUCCUGUGAUGGGCUCGCCGUUCCUGUCGCCUUCUCUUGCCGGCAAGCCGUCUCACAUCGCCGGAAUCCGUCAGCUCUGCCAGUCGCCUGCCGCCGCGCAGCUGCCGCCGCCCGCGCUUCCCAUGCACGCGCUGCCCCCACUCGCGGCAUCUUCCGCGCCUGGCGCAGGGAGCGCUGGCCCAGGCGGGAGCGGCGGAGCUGGCGCGGGCGGUCAGAUGGGGGCUGGGGCAAGCGUGGGAGGAGCGAGGGCGGGUAGUGUGAACACAGUAGCGCCAGCGAUGCGGCAGCAAGGCUUGGCAUGGGUGGACCGCCUGUCGAAUCUAGCUCACCAUCACGCCAGCAAGCAGCAGCAGCAGGUGCAGCAGCAGCAGCAGCAGCAGCACAACAGGCAGCAGCAGCAACAGCAACUCCAGCCCGAGCAGUGGCUAGAGCGUGUGGCAGCAGCGGCAGGCAGCUCCCCUGCUCCCUCGAGCAGCGUGGCGGGCGGAGAUGCGCCAACCGACGCCUCGGCCGCUGGCAGCCAGGGCGGCCGGGGAGCGUGCGCAGCAGAGCACGAGCGGAGCGCGCCACGGGGAGAAGACAGGGCGGAAUCUGUUCCGGGAGGCAAGGGAGCGAGCGCGGACAAGAAGGACAGGGCGGGCGAGGCGGACGAGCAGGGGAAGGCUGGAGCGGCGCUGGCUGCGAACCUUAGCCUGGUGAGCCGAAACGUGCCGUUGCAGCAGGCACAGCAGCAGAAAUCUUCAACGGGCGGCUUCCCUGUGGGCCCUGGCCUCGCUGCCCUUCAGCGCCGCCCCCUCCCUCCUGUCUUCGAGGCCGAUCACCCUGCUGCCCCUGCUGCCGCCCCUGCUGCCGCCCCUGCUGCGGCCCCUGCUGCUGCUGAAUCGACUCUGCUCAAGUGUGAGUCCGUGUGUGACAGCUCCGUGCCCCUUGUCACUAACACGGGGCCGCCUCCUCCUGCUGCCGUCGCUGAUGCUGCUGGUGCUGGCUCUGAUGGUGCUUGCGCUGCCGGUGCUGGUGCUGCUGGUGCUGGUGUUGCGGAUGCUGCGGGUUCUUACGUGGUGCGUGGGCAGCAGCAGCCGAGCAGAUCAGAGGAGAGUAUGGAGGAGGAGCACGAACUCCAGGUGCUGCAGCUGCAGCAGCAGCAGCAGCAGCAGCAAUGCGAGAUGGAGCACGUGGAGAAUUCACAGCCGCAGCAGCAGCGGGAGGAGCAGCCACUCCAGCAGCGUCAGCGCCAGCACAUGCAGCAGCACGAGGCCGCCCAGGAGCAGCAGCAGCAGGUGCAGCAGCAGUUGCACGCAGCGACACAGCCUCUGGUAAAGCAAGGCGGGGAGUCCUUUGGCGCGGAUGUCCGUCUCAACUCCGAUCAGCGUCACGAGUCACACGAGCAGGGGUACCAACCGCAGCAAGCAGCGCUGGAGAACCGCCAGGCACCACGGCUGGAGAGCCCCACCAAACCAGAGUGCGCCAUGCUACCCGCAGCCCCCCAGCCGACGGCACUCCCUCACCUGCCCGUGAGCUCCCGACCUCCUGCUUCCACCUCGUUCGCUCCUGCACCCGCUGCUGCUGCCGUUGACGCUGCUCCCUAUGCGCCGUGUGUGGCUGCUGCCCCAUCGUCCGUGCCACCCCUUGUGGCGCAGCCCGAGCCUAUGCCGGGCAGCUUGGGCGCGUCCCUCCCGCCUCUCUUCCCCAACGAGCUCUCCUAUGCGGGCUGGCCGGCAGAAGAUGAUCCGCUGGGAGGGGGAGGGGGCGAGGAGGACGGGGUGACGUGGACGGACGCAGGGCUGAUGACGGCGGAGGACAUGGAGCAGAACGAGAUGGAGGUGCUGGAGUGGUGCCCCGACGGCUCCGAGGGCGUGUUCGUGGUGGGCGGGGACUACUACUCCGCGCCUGGCGAUGCUGCCAUGAUGCCCUGUGAUGCCGAGCUGAAUGUGCUGCCUGCUGGCCCCCACCCUGCUGCUGCUGCUGCUGCGGGUGGUGCUGGCGCCUGUGUUGCAGGACCUGUGGUGACGGGUUCUGUGGCUGUGCACACCAGUCCGCCUGGUGCCAUGCACGUUACAGCCCCACAGCCCGGCUACAACGCGUGGCAUGCUCCUCUUGCUCCAUCGCCCCAGCCUCACUCCAGCAUGCCCCCGCCAUCCUUUCGUCCGUCGGGCCCAGCAGGGUUCGCUGCAGCUGCUGGCGGUGCUGCUCCAGGCAUGGCAGUGGCAGCACAGGGCCAUGGCUUUGCAGGGAGGGGUGGGGAGCAUGGGAUGCACAUGGAGGGGGGAGAGGAGGCGGUGGGAGGCUUGGAGUGCACUGACAGUGUGGUGCAGCUGUGGGGGGUUGUUGGGGAGGAGGAGAGACCCCAUAGUGGUGGUGCGCACAUGCUGUGCUAGAGGGCUGGGUGUGACAGGCGUGUGGGUCAGGGAGUUACAUGGAGGAGAGAUGGGUAAGGUGUGCUUUGAGCAGGACAAUAAGCGCCACAAGUUUCAACCACCCUGUUUGAUCUGGCAUCGUGUUGUUUGCGUUGUGUGUUUUCAGUGUGUGUGUUUCUGUGUGCGCGCACAUACCCGUGUGUGCAUGCAUGUGUGUGUGUGUGUGUGAGAGAGAGUUUCCUUUUUUUUGCUUUAUAUAUGUAUGGAAGCUUGCACAUCUGUGCAUCACCAUACUUGCUCUACCCCCAGUCACAGGCACAGCAAUCGCUGGCCCACGGGGGUAGAGCACCAUGCAGCAUGCCUCAGCAACGUCCUUCAAGCAGGAGGUUGUACUGCCAUGGCAUGGCAUGUAGCUAUAUUUACACGGUCCUCCACAGUUGUUUCUCCAGCCCUGCCAGGAAGCUUGCAAGCUGUGUGCUGCGUGGAUAUGGGCUGAGGGUCUGAAGGACCAAUACCCACUGCAUGCGCAUGCAGUCGGUUUACUACCUUGCUGCUGAAGGAUUGAUGCCAGCUGUGUGUGCUUACUCUUUUUAUGCUAUAUUUGGCUUUCAUGCUC